AUGAGUAAUGCUGACUCCAUUUCGCCAGUUCCUCCGCAAGAGGAGAAGCUACACGUAAAAGGGGAGAGUGAAGAAUCUGCCUCGUCUUCAUCCACUUUCUUCAAUAUUCCUGGACUGGGACGACUUGGAAAUGCGCCAAAAACUGAGAAUCCAACUCCAACGGCAGAGAACGACGUCGCAGAGAACCACUUAGAAGAAUCGGCCACAUCCCAAGAUAAGUUGCCGGAAAGCAGUCAUGAUCAACCACAGGAAGAUUCUAAAAUGGCGGAUGCCGAACCUCUACUUCAAGAAUCUGCGACUUCUACAACCAAUGACGCGCCUUCGGAAACCAUUCCAGAAAUCAAAAGUGAAGUUUUACAGGAUACAGGAGUUGACAUCGAGCAAACAAAAUAUCAAAGCGAUUUGGAGAUUAAACAAGCUCCUGUGGAAGAUGCAACAGUGAACACGCAGGACACCAAUAACGACGCAAUGGACAUUGCGACGUCACAACGCACUACAGACAUUCAUGUUGAACAAGGGAAAGAGAUGCCGUUGGAAGAAUCAAUACAAGCUCAAUCUAGUACUAGUAAUAGUCAAGUACCGGAGAGCAUUAUCAAUCAACCGGAUUUGACUCAUGCUUUAGAGGCGAUGCUAGGAGGCCUGCUACAACCUGCGACUGUGACUGCGGAUGUUGCAACGAACAAUGCAUCUGCAGCACCAGCGACAGAAGAGGAACACCCAGAAUGGGAGGUUGACUCAUCUCCAUAUGAGUCUUCGUCAGAUUCGUCAAGUGAUAGUUCAUCCGAGGACGAUAGCGAGGAGGAGGAUGGAGAAAAUGCCUAUAAAUUAUUAAGUCCAGAGGAACAAGCAAGAAUCCUGAUGUCAGAAGGCGAUGGGGGUUCGGAUGAUGAGGGAACGGCACAUGGAGAAAAGCGCACCGGAGGCCACCUACGUACGAAGAACGAAGUUCCGGAAGAGGUGAUACCCAAACCAGAUGUCACAAUAACGCCUGAGAUGCCUAUCACAAAACUGGGAGGCGUGGAAGGAGUGGUGGAUAACAUCAUUCUCAUCAAAGCUUUCACAAGUGGAGAAUACCAAGUACUGAGAGAAGAAUCUGUGCUAUGCUUACAGGAUCGCAGCGUUAUAGGCGUAGUUUCGGAAACAUUGGGCAGGGUGGAACAACCAUUGUAUUGUGUAAGAUUCACGAAUGCAGCUGCAAUUGCCGAAGCAGGACUAUCUGUUGGAACUACGGUGUAUUACUCUGAACAGCAUGCAACGUACGUCUUUACACAAGCUUUAAAAGCAUACAAAGGUACAGAUGCUUCAAACUUGUAUGACGAAGAAGUUGGCGACGAGGAAAUGGAAUUCUCUGAUGAUGAAAAGGAGGCUGAGCAUAAGCGAAUGAUAAAGCAAAGGAGGGCAGAGAAGAGAGGUGUCAAGACUCAGCAGAAUGGCAGUAAUUCACGUGGUGGGCAUGCUUCGCAAAUGACAUAUACCCCUGGUAACAACAGCGCCGUGUUAAAUUAUGACGAAGCCGAGGAUGGUCCUUAUAAGACUCUUACUAGACCGGUUGGAUUUACCGGUGGUGCAAGUGGCAGUGAAGCUCCUCAAGAGGGUUCGCAUUAUAACAGAUCAAGCCAACGUGGCGACCAUGGAGGUAGGGGCAGAGGAAGAGGUCGUGGAGACAGAGGCAGAGGAGAUUGGGGAAGAGGACGAGGAAGAGGUGGCGGAAACAAUGAUCGAAACAGCAACUCUCGUAAUAAUUCAUUACCCCCUUCUACUCCAAGUCCGGGAGCAUUCAACUCUCAAUCGGCUUCAUUACCCCCAAAGCCUAACUUUCCACCUCCGCCACCUUCGAAUAUUUACAGCAAUUCAAAUCAGCCACAGCAAUAUCAACCCCAACCAUCACCACAAUACCCAUCUCAACAACUCCCAGCAUGGCCAAUGUACCCGCAAGGUUAUCAGCAACCAUAUCAGCAACCAUACCAACAGCCUCAACAACCCCAACAACCUUUUGCUCAAGCCCAGAAUCCUUGGGUGGGUAUGCCUCCUCCUCCUCCCUUACCAGCAGGUGCAUUCAUAAAUCCGGCAUUCUUCGCUCAGCAGAAUGCGGCAAACCAAAAUGGAGCGAAUCAAUGGACUCAUCCGGGUCAGCAAAAUGGGAACGGAAGUGGUAGAUAA